CACUGCGCGCGGCGGGCGCGGCGGGGCCGCAUCUGCAUCGGUCUCCGCCGCCGCUGCCGGGCCGCGAACAAAGAGGAGGAGCCGAGGCGCGAGAGCGAAGUCUGAAAUGGAUGUUACAUGAAUCACUUUCAGGGAUGCGCACGACUGUGAACAUUUCUGAAGCCUUUUCUCAGUAGACGAGAUAAAGAUGGAUGAAUCUGCCUUGUUGGAUCUUCUGGAGUGUCCUGUGUGUCUAGAGCGGCUUGAUGCUUCCGCAAAGGUCUUGCCUUGCCAGCACACGUUUUGCAAACGAUGUUUGCUGGGGAUUGUAGGUUCCCGAAAUGAACUCAGAUGUCCAGAGUGCAGGACUCUUGUUGGCUCGGGUGUUGAGGAGCUUCCAAGUAACAUCCUGCUGGUCAGACUUCUGGAUGGCAUCAAGCAGAGGCCUUGGAAACCUGGCCCUGGUGGGGGCAGUGGGACCAACUGCACAAAUGCAUUAAGGGCUCAGAGCAGCACUGUGGCUAAUUGUAGCUCAAAAGAUUUGCAGAGCUCCCAGGGCGGACAGCAGCCACGGGUGCAAGCCUGGAGCCCCCCGGUGAGGGGUAUACCUCAGUUACCUUGUGCCAAAGCAUUAUACAACUACGAAGGGAAAGAGCCUGGAGACCUUAAAUUCAGCAAAGGUGACAUCAUCAUUUUGCGGCGACAAGUGGAUGAAAAUUGGUACCAUGGGGAAGUCAAUGGGAUCCAUGGCUUUUUUCCCACCAAUUUUGUGCAGAUCAUCAAGCCGUUACCUCAGCCCCCACCUCAGUGCAAAGCACUUUAUGACUUUGAAGUGAAAGACAAGGAAGCAGACAAAGAUUGCCUUCCGUUUGCAAAGGAUGAUGUUCUGACUGUGAUCCGCAGAGUGGAUGAAAACUGGGCUGAAGGAAUGCUGGCAGACAAAAUAGGAAUAUUUCCAAUUUCAUAUGUUGAGUUUAACUCGGCAGCUAAGCAGCUGAUAGAAUGGGAUAAGCCUCCUGGGCCAGGAGUCGAUGCUGGAGAAUGUACCUUGGCAGCAGCCCAGAGCAGCAAUGCCCCAAAGCACUCUGACACCAAGAAGAACACCAAAAAGCGGCACUCCUUUACUUCCCUCACCAUGGCCAGCAAAUCCUCCCAGGCAUCCCAGAACCGCCACUCCAUGGAGAUCAGCCCUCCUGUCCUCAUCAGCUCCAGUAACCCUACGGCUGCCGCGCGGAUCAGUGAACUCUCUGGCCUUUCCUGCAGUGCCCCUUCUCAGGUUCAUAUAAGUACCACCGGGUUAAUUGUGACCCCACCCCCCAGCAGCCCAGUGACAACUGGCCCCUCGUUCACUUUCCCAUCAGAUGUUCCCUACCCAGCUGCCCUUGGAACUAUGAAUCCUCCUCUUCCCCCACCCCCUCUACUGGCCUCCACACCUCCAGGUGCUGCUGCUGCUGCUGCUGCUGCUGCUGCUGCUGCUGCUGCAAUGGGACCGAGACCCACAGUGGGACCCACUGACCAGAUUGCACAUUUACGGCCUCAGACUCGCCCCAGUGUGUAUGUUGCUAUAUAUCCAUACACUCCCCGGAAAGAGGAUGAGCUGGAGCUGAGAAAAGGGGAGAUGUUUUUAGUAUUUGAACGUUGCCAAGAUGGCUGGUUCAAAGGGACAUCGAUGCAUACCAGCAAGAUAGGGGUUUUCCCUGGCAAUUAUGUGGCACCAGUCACAAGGGCCGUGACAAAUGCUUCCCAAGCUAAAGUCCCUAUGUCUACUGCUGGUCAGACCAGUCGAGGGGUGACUAUGGUCAGUCCUUCCACUGCAGGAGGGCCUGCCCAGAAGCUCCAGGGAAAUGGUAUGGCUGGGAGUCCCAGUGUUGUCCCCACAGCCGUUGUGUCAGCCGCUCAUAUCCAGACAAGUCCUCAGGCCAAGGUCUUGUUGCACAUGACUGGGCAGAUGACAGUUAACCAGGCCCGUAAUGCUGUGAGGACAGUUGCAGCACAUAACCAAGAACGCCCUACAGCAGCGGUGACGCCCAUCCAGGUACAGAACACUGCCUGCCUGGGCCCUGCAUCUGUGGGCCUGCCUCAUCAUCCCUUGGCCUCCCCACAACUUCCACCUCCAAUGGCAGGCCCUGCCACCCACGUAGCUGCCAUCAAUAUGGGUCGAGUCAAUGCCCCCCUGGCUUGUGCUGCGACUGCUUCACUGACCUCUCCGAGCAUCACCACCGCCUCUCUGGAGACUGAGCCCAGUGGUCGGACAGUGACCAUUCUUCCUGGACUUCCCACCUCUCCUGACAGCGCAUCAUUGACUUGUGGGAACAGUUCAGCAACCAAGCCAGAUAAAGAUAGUAAAAAAGAGAAAAAGGGUUUGUUGAAGUUGCUUUCUGGCGCGUCCACUAAACGUAAGCCCCGAGCAUCUCCACCAGCCUCACCCACCCUGGAAGUGGAGCUGGGUGGCGGGGAGUUGCCUCUGCAGGGAGCAGUGGGGCCUGAGCUGCCGCUAGGGGGCGCCCACGGCAGGGCCGGCUCCUGCCCUGCCGAUGGGGACUGCCCGGCCCCCGCUGUGGCCGUGGCUGCUGCUGUGGCCCAGGACGCUCUUCAUCGGAAGACUAGCCCCCUGGACUCCGCUGUACCCAUCGCUCCACCUCCUCGUCAGCCAUGUUCAUCCCUGGGCCCUGUCAUGAAUGAGUCUAGGCCUGUGGUUUGUGAGAGGCACAGGGUGGUAGUUUCCUAUCCUCCUCAGAGUGAGGCAGAACUUGAACUUAAAGAAGGAGAUAUCGUGUUUGUCCAUAAAAAGCGAGAAGAUGGCUGGUUCAAAGGCACAUUACAACGUAAUGGGAAAACUGGCCUUUUCCCAGGAAGCUUUGUGGAAAACAUCUGAGGAGACUAACAUUGAGAAGGCUGAAGUCACAUCACACAACAAAAUAGCACAAAGCAAUUUAAUGGAAAGAGCACAUUUUGGACUUCCAGAUGGUCAGGAGAUGAGCAGAGGAUGGGUGUGUGACCCCAGUGCCCUCAACACAGUUAGGCCAGCCAACAGUGUGAAGAAGGCGUGUGUGUGGGUCUUAUCAUUCUGGGUUCUGAUGUGUAAGGUGUGCCUUGUACUGUCUGAUUUGCUAUACAGAGAAACCUUUUUAAAAAGAUAUAUAGCUAAAAUGGACAAUUGUUUACAAGGCUUAACUAAUUUAUUUCCUUUUUUACACUUGAAUUUUUCUUGUAAUAGAUAAAUUCUUUGGAUUAUGAUUUUAAGAAAUUAUUAAUUUAUGAAAUAAUAGCUAAGGAGAAGCUGGAUUAUCUCCUGUUGAGAGCAAGAGAUUUUUUUUUUUUUUUUCGACAUAGAAUGAAUCCCCCUUUCUCCCCUCACCGGUGUUACUUUUUACUUCUUUAAGACAGAAAUGCCAGUUCUCUAAUUUGGUUUUCUUCUUUAGGAAAUUAAAACCUAUAACUGAGUCAAUAUCAAUAAAGGCCUGGGGUAGGCAGACAGAAACAAGAGAAGAGAAGUUAGUGAUUCCCUGUCUUUCUGGUUUGGUCAGGAAUCACCCUUAAGACCUAGUCUUCAGUAUAAUUUUAUGGGUUUUUAAUUUCCCUAGAAUGAAGCCAGUGAAGUGAUAAGAAUAAAGCACAACCUCAAACAAAAAUGUAUUCGGAAAUGUAUUUAGUUUUAUAACAGAAGCAGCUGAUUCAUUGGUUGGAAAUUGGGAAAAUUGAAGUUGUACUCCUGUCUGAGAAUGGCUAUGAAAUGUAAUCGCCCAUUUUACCCCAAGUGAUCUGCAUGCCCAGGACACAAUAAAACGUUUGUGAGAUUGUGGUGGUAAGUGGUGCACUCGUGCUAAAGUCAAAGGCUAUAAGAAACACUGUGAAAAGUUUACAUUCAUCCCUUGUGAUUCUUUUCCCACCAUCCUGCAUGUGUUACUGGAUUCCCACAGUAAUAGGGACUGUGCAUGGUGUGUAUAUUUCAUUGCAAUUUCCUGUUGAGGUUGGUUUGCGCUCAGAAGUGACCAAUGCAGGAGGUGUAAAAUAAACAGUAUUCUUUUUGCUCCUGACCGAGGUCUCUGAGCGUACUCGCUCCCUCCCUGGCUAAGGAAUCCAUCAGCCAUUAGACAAGUCAUUAAUGAAAAUGUUCCUUUAUGUCCUCCCAGCUGACGGAUGUAAAGGAUGAGCCAGGAGACUGCUCCUGUGACUGUUCUCUUGCAGCUCUGGGAGGCCUUUCACGAGUGAAAGUGCCCACACCUUACAAUGGCGGCAGGAUCCAGCUGAGCCCGUCUUUUUAUAUCUAUUCUUUGAUGUCAUUGGCCUCUUCCCGUUACAUUCCGGCACCAAGCGGUCAUGGGUCUGGGUAGUCCUAAAAUCAAAAGGAGGGAAGACAUCCUGGUAGUGAAUGAAAUUGUUGCUACAGUUUUUUUGUGAAAAACAAAUAAAAAACCCUUUUUCAUUUUUUACUUUUAAGAAUUACAACUGGGAAAUAGAAACAUGAACUGAAAAGUCUUCUUGCGAUAGCAAGAGGUUUCAUGGUCUUAAAAAGAUAUAUCAUGUGGUCGAAAAUGAAAUCAUUCCUAAAUUAACCUUUUUAUAUAUAUAUAUAUAUAUAUAUAUAUAUAUAUAAAACACUGUACAUUAUGUUCCUGUGUGUUGAAUUUUUAAAAAAAUACUUUACUUGGAUAUUCAUGUAAUAUAUAAAGGUUUGGUGAAAUGAAUUUUAGUUAGAAAAAAAGCUGACAUCAGCUUUCAUCUGUGUAAGUUGACACCAAUGUGUCAUAAUAUUCUUUAUUUUGGGAAAUUAGUGUAUUUUAUAAAAAUUUUAAAAAGUAAAAAGACUACUACAGCUUAAGAUAAUUUUUUACCUGUCUUUUCUCCAUAUUUUAAGCUAUGUGGUUGAAGUACCUCUGUUAAUAGUUUCCUGGUAUGAAGUUGGUUAAAAUUUCAUCUGUUAAUAGAUCACUUAGAUAAUAUAAUGUAUGGGUUUUCUAUUGGUUUUUUGGAGACAGUAGGUGGAGAUUUUGUAACAAGGGCUUGUUACACAGCGAUAUGGUAAUGAUAAAAUUACAAUUUAUCAUUCCGCUUCGUGUUAAUAAUUUGAAGACUGGAGAAAAGGUUCAAGAUUAAAAUUUGAUGGUCAACCGUUACAUGUCACUUGUGUUAAUUCUUAAAAUUUUUCUUUUUCCCCCCUUUUUUUAACCUGAGACACAUUGAUAUAACUUCAUUUCAUAAAAAUUAUUUCCAUGUACCUCAAACAGAAGAUGUCUACAAUAAUCAGUUCAGUGGUUAUGAAGCAUUUUACCUCUCCAACUAGCAAACAUUGUUUGGUUAGUUCCCCAAGAAGUUUAAAGUCUUCUUAAAACAGCUUGUUGAGGGACGCCUGGAUGGUGGUCUGUUAAGCGUCUUGAUUUCGGCUCAGGUCAUGAUCUUACAGUUGUCGGUUGUGAGGUCCAGACCUACAUCAGGCUCUGUGUUGACAGU